AUGUCAACAAUAAGUUUCGAACCACGAGUACCAGUAGUGAUUGUUAAACCUAUUUUGUAUGGUAAUACAGCAAAACAUUUUGGUUCGAAAAGAGAUUCUGAUGGACAUACACAUAGAUGGACAAUUUAUGUUCGAUCAUUGAAUAAUGAUGAUAUAUCAACUUAUGUUAGUCGUGUACAAUUUCGUUUACAUGAAACAUAUCCGAAUCAUAAUCGAAUGAUAAAUCAAGCACCAUUUGAAGUAGAAGAAAGUGGUUGGGGUGAAUUCGAAAUACAGAUAACAAUUUUCUUUUUAGAUCCAAAUGAAAAACCUGUGAUAUUUUAUCAUCAUUUAAAAUUAUUCUCAACUGAUCCAGAGGUUGUUACUGGUAAAAGACCGUUUGUCAAUGAAUAUUAUGAUGAAUUGGUUUUUCAAGAACCAUCGGAAUCUUUUGCUCAAUUACUCAAUAGUACGAAAACUCUUAUACCAUUAACAGAUGGUGAUCGAGCUACUGAAAAAGAAUAUGCUAUGAAACAAAUGGAGACAAUCGCACGUAUUAGAAAUGCUCGUCAACGUGUACGAAAUGAAAUUCAGGAUUUACGUGAACGAUUUCGUAUAACACAAGAAAAUAUUAAACGUAUUCGAAAACGUUCAAUUGAUAAUAAUUUUCCUCCUGAUGCAUUUAUUGCAUUAACUCACGAAAAUGGAGAUUAA